AUGUACGACUUGUUGUGCGAAAGGGGGACCCCAACUGACGCUCCAAUUGAUAUUUUCCACACGCGUGGCAGACCUUUUCACCGCCUUCCCUCGCCCACAGUAACGCUGUCCAGUUCGAGCGCCGCAAUCCAGCAGUCAAAGUGCACACCGGCCCCACGCGACCCACAGCUCGAUGCCGCCCGGCACACGUUUUUCGAAAGUGCGCCGGAACCCCCUCACGGACAAUCACGCUCGACUUUUGCUGACCUAGAACCACAGACACCCAGGAUCCGAGUCCCGCGUGAAGAUCUCGAAUACUACAACCUGACCUCUGUACCUGUGGCAGGUGGGUUCGGGCCACGCGACAGAGCUGGGCGCGCACCAUGGGUUGCACCGCCUGAAAACGAUCAGGCGAUGGAAUACAAAGACGACUUUUUGUCGACGAAAGGGAAGCGGAGAUGGAGGAGUGGAGAGCGCACAUCGAUCAUUGGCAUGGAGAUGAUGCGAGUGUCUAUCAUGUACAGGGGUCGUCCUUCGCCCGGCACCUUCCACUAUCUUUCUGAGAAUCGACCACGGUUGACGGCCGUCGCCUUGGGAUGUCAUCAGUGUGUGAACCGGGACAGCCUUUUGGAAUGGGUAGGAGUCGAACCGUGCUAA